AAAUGUCCCAUAGAAGGAGAGAAGAAAAGUCCCGUGACAGUCACAGGAGUCACAGGAGAGAGGCAAGCGAUGAUCUGAGUCCACAGAGCUGCAGUAGCAGCCAUCAUCGGGGAGAAGACCACAGUGACCGGAAAAGGAGAAGGCGGAGCAGCAGCAGUAGUAAUCCUAACACACAGGACAUUCAGAAGAUCAAACAUGUUGAGAUUUUCUAUGAGAAGCCUCCGCCGGGAUUAAUUAAGGAGGAUGAACCUAAACCAGAAGACUGUAUACCAGACUUACCAGGCAAUGAACAUGCUAGAGAUUUCCUGGCACAUGCUCCUACAAAGGGUCUGUGGAUGCCAUUGGGCAAAGAAGUGAAAGUUAUGCAGUGUUGGAGAUGUAAGCAGUAUGGGCACCGAACUGGUGAUCGAGAGUGUCCCUACUUCAUAAAAGGCAAUCAGAAGAUUGAGCAGUUCAGAGUUGCUCAUGAAGACCCAAUGUAUGGCUUAAUAAAGGAAAAGGAAACCCAAGAAAAACAAAUGAGGAUUGAGCAGUUGAAAAAACUGCUUGAGGAUUCAACAUCUGAAGAAAGCAGCGACAGCAGUGACAGUUCACAAGAAAAACGUAAGAAAAAAAAGAAAGACAAAAAGAAGAGAAAGAAGAAGAAAAAGCGCAAAUCUUCUUAUAGAAGCUCCGAUUCAGACUAACUCAGUCUUCAAGAAUGAUGCGGAGUAAAUCCAAAGAAAGGAUGGUUUUGUUUCAGUAUGUGGAUGGCAUACCUGUGCAGGUAGCAGAACAAGACUUAAUGCUUGUACAGUCCGUAAUCUAGCCUGUCUUGCAAGUGGACAUGAUUAA